AUGCAGCCCAACAUGUUGUAUUUCACUCUCAUCCUUUUCUUCUUGCUAUCUGGGCCUUCAUGGGCCUCCAACCCGAGUGGCGGUGGAAGAAAGGUGGAGUCUGGUGGAGCGAGAACGGGGGAUAGUGAGUCGGGUCACGGUCCUAAUUGGGGCUGGGGUUGGGGAUCAAGUCCCGGAAAUGGACCUGGAAAUGGAUGGGGUUGGGGAUCAAGACCCGGAAAUGGACCCGGAAAUGGAUGGGGUUGGGGAUCAAGUCCCGGAAAUGGACCUGGAAAUGGAUGGGGCUGGGGAUCAAGUCCCAAAAAUGGACCUGGAAAUGGAUGGGGUUGGGGAUCAAGUCCCGGAAAUGGAUGGGGUUGGGGAUUUGGGUCUGGGCCUCCACCGAGUCCGGAGUCUCCACCGAGUCCUGGGGUUCAUAGAGUCGGGUAUGAAUCUGGAAUUGGUUCUAGUGGCGGGUCAAAGCGUUCACAAUCAGCCUCGAAAGACACAAACAAAAAGAAUGCAUGGGUGAACAAAAACUGA